AUGGUUAGCUCUGAAGCUAAAUUAUCCGAUACUGUUGUAAAUGGUGUCUACCAUUUUAAGAUUCAUGAUAUAUUUUAUCAUCGUGCUGGAGCACUGACUGCAGACUGUGGACGGCCACCUACUUACGCCCAAUUAUAUUUUUAUGAUGUUGAAACUGCAAAUCAAUAUAGAAUGAGUGUAGCAGCGAAUAUUGGAUGUUGUGAAAGCUUAAUGCAAGAAUUGGCUGACGAACUUGGUCGUGUUAAUGCUUUUGUUUGCUCAUUCAAAUCAAUGUCGGAAUACUGCCAACGGCCCGAAAAUUUAGCUGUGAACGUCGCUAUGGUUAUUAAGAUUAACAAAAAUGCAGAUUUUCGCCGUUUUAAUGAUGCCAUUUAUACUGAUGUGGCCGCAAUUUUUACAACAGAUGACGGAGAACCGCCAUUUGAACGAAAUAUGGUCACAUUCUAUAAACAAACAAGCACACUUCGUGCUAUUUCUGUGUUAGAUUCUUCGCUAGACCCUUUGUCAUAUCCACUGUUGUUUCCAAAUGGUGACACAGCGUGUCAUGCCCGUGGUAUUGCAUCAAAUGACAAUGAAUGGCGCGACUGUUUAAAUGAAGCAAAAGAAACACAAUCGCCACGACAAUUACGCCAACUGUUUGCAUUUAUUUGUAGUCUAAAUGUCCCAACAAAUGCUUUACAAUUAUGGAAUGAAUUUAAGAAGGACAUGAGUGAAGAUUUCUUCAGAGAUAACUCUGAAAAUAUUUCGUAUAAUCGAAGCCUUUUGGAAAUAGAAGAUAUUCUUAUAACACAUAAUCUUUCAUGCCAACAACUUGGUCUUCCAACUCCAGUAAUAAUCCCCAACCAAAACGAUUUUGAUCAGUUCGAUCCCGACGAAGAAGGCAGUCGUUUUAAUGAAAUGUAUGAGAGUGCAAAUGAAGAACAACGCAACGUUAUAGAUUGUGUUAUGCGGGAAGUACUCCAUCAUGAUACUGGCAGCAAUGUUUAUUGUUUAACAGCAAAUGCAGGAUGUGGGAAAACAUUUAUCCAAACAGCAAUUAUACAUAAAAUGAAUUCUCUAAAUCUCAAAUGCAUUCCUACUGCCUUUAGUGGUAUAGCGUCUACACUUCUGAUUGGAGGUCGAACUUUGCAUAGUGUAUUUAAGAUACCUAUUCCAGUUCUGGAAAACUCUGUGUCAAGUAUUACAGCUAACAGUCCCCAAAGUAGUUUUAUCAAUUCUGCUUCAUUGAUAAUGAUUGAUGAAAUUUCAAUGUGCCCACUACAUGCAUUAAAACUAAUUGACAGAUUAUUAAGAGACUUAAGUACGAAUGCAAAUAGAAACACAUUAUUCGGCGGAAAAACAAUUCUAUUGUGUGGUGAUUUUCGACAAAUUUUACCAGUAAUACCUCAUUCUUCACGUACUACUCUAAUUGAAAAUUCUGUUACUUCAUGGUCUGAAUUUGCUAUGUUUCACCGUGUCACUUUAACACACAAUAUGAGAGCUCUACCACAUGAAAUAGAAUUUAUUAAUUUUCUUAAUUUACUUGGAAACGGUGACAUAAAAACACUCCCACAAUUUGAGGAUGUCAUUGAAAUACCCAGAAAUCUGGUUGGGAAUGCAGCAAAUAUAAUUGAAGAUAUGUUUGGCAAUAUACCAGAAAAUAUAUCUAUGUUCAGAAAUUUUAAAAGCUGUAAUAUUAGCACCAAAAAUGAAGACUGUUACAUAAUUAAUGCCGAAAUUCUCAACCUGAUACCAGGAGAGGAAAAAGCGUUCUACAGUGUAGAUAAACUUAUUUGCGACGAUAUAAGAGAAGCUAAUAAUUACCCUACUGAAUACUUAAAUUCUUUAAAUGUUAGUGGUUUACCUCCCCAUAAAUUGGUCCUAAAAGAGAACAGUAUUGUACUACUUAUCCGUAAUUUCAAUACUAAAAAUGGAUUGAUUGCGGUCGAUUGGGUCGGCCGUUGGCCACACUAG